AUGUCAACAAAUAGUAAUAACCUGAAGCUAUCUGGAAAUGUUAUCGGUCUGACAAGCAACAAACAGCCCCAAUUACAGAAAACCAAAUUGAAGCAACCACCGCCGGUUUCAUCGGUGGCAGCAGCCAGCAGUGCACAGCAAAGUUCGACAGUUACAGGUCCAUCGGUAGUGAACGGUGGAACGAAACCAGUUCAGUCUCAACAAGUACUCCAGAAACAGGUGUCCCAGCAGCAGCAGCAGCAAGCGGGAUCUCACAUCCCGCCUCGAUAUCAGCCUCCACCGCAGCCCCCGGGAGGCAUUCUAAAGCAUUACAAUCACAACGGUGGUGCGCCGCCAUUGGCCCGGUCUUCCACAGUUCCUAUCAUAGCGUACCCGUCAGAACUUAACGGAGGCUCGCAUCAUCACAUUAAAUUCCCGCCCGAAAUCCCGAAAUCGAGCGGCCUUUAUCUGCCGGAAAACCUUAAACAUCAAUUGAACCCAUCCCGGUUGGCGAUUCCUCGAUCGCAUCUUCGAUUCUCCAACCAACACCACCUACCCGCCGCUAGCAUCCAUCAACCGAGUCAUCUCCAGCAACCUGCCCUUCAUCUUCCACCUCCGCAUCCACGGCUCAGUUCCGAAUCUUCCUCCGAGGAUCAGACCACCACCAGCUCGACUCGUUCCCUUCAACAGCACCUUGGUCCCAAACAAAAACAGCCAUCCCCGCAACCAAACGGGCAACCGUCCUCUCAAUCCCAGGGUCACAUCCAACAAACCACUGCAAUCGUCCAUCACCACCAACCUCCCAGCCAGCAGGCCCCCUCCGUUCCACCACCAUCCGUUUCGACCAACGGUCAACAUCAGCAGCAACACCCAAAUCAACAUCAGCAGCAGCAACAGCAACAGCAUCAGCAACAACAACAACAACAACAACAACAACAACAGCAGCAGCAGGAGAUGCUAAAAUUCGUCCGGAAGGCCGAGUCGGAGACCUCAUCGACACCAACCUCGUCCAGCGGCGGCCGGAUAUCGUCCAUCGAGCAGAAUCGACACUUUCAGAAUCUUUUAUCGGAAUUAAGGGCACUGAAAGAAGCCAACCAAAGGCUUAGCGACGAUAACCAGGAACUGCGGGAUUUGUGCUGUUUCUUGGAUGAUGAUCGACAGAAGGGACGGAAGUUGGCACGCGAAUGGCAGAGGUUCGGACGGUACACGGCGAGCGUCAUGCGACAGGAGGUUUCAGCCUAUCAGACCAAAUUACGCCAGCUGGACGACAAGCAGCAGGAGUUGAUACGGGACAAUCUGGAACUGAAGGAACUGUGUCUGUACCUGGACGAAGAGCGAACGAACACGAACCGGCCGGCGGCGACCUGCGCCAACUGUGGAUCGACGCCCGGCGCGACGACGGCUGUUCCUCUCCGGGACGACGGAGAUGGAAGCAGCUCGAGCACGAACGCCGACGAAAACCAGCUGCACCAGCUGGGCGGCCAAUUCUGCCGGAACGGGUUGACGGAUAUCAACCUGCGUUCCACGCUAAGUGACCAAACCCUGCAAUACGUUCGCUCGUUGGAAACCCGAAUACGACAGCUCGAGGAGGAACGAUGCGCCAUCCUGAAGAAUAUGCCUCUCAGUCCCACGAUCAACGGUACAACGGUCAACGCCAACAACGGUAACAACAACACCAAUAGCAACAGCACUAACGUAUCGUCCUGUGUGGCAGAUCCCAUUUCGGGCCGACCGGAAGCCGUCGUACGAGCCUUGCAAGUGCUGGAAGUACGCGAACAGCUCGAGCGGGAAAGGAUCGGCCCGAACACCCCACCGGAUCCGUUGGACGACGGCGAGAAGGCACUCGUUCGCGAAAUGUGCAAUGUGGUAUGGCGGAAGCUGGAGGAUGCUCCGAACACGGGAAUCGAUCAGCACGUCUGAUUAGACUCGGCACG